AACUUAGAAUUAAAAGACUUUGGACCGUCAAAGAAAUCGCAUUUGCUGGAAUUGAAAACAAAUUAUUUGAAAAAAAAAAUAAUUUACCAUGAUUACAUCAAAAAUGAUUAAUUUGUUACAGUCAUCAAUUAAAGUUGGUGGAUUUCGAAGUAUCAGGGCAGCAUCAGACAUGAAGUCGUUGAAUUUUGAAACACUUUCUGUGUCGAGUCCUAAAGAAUAUGUCGUUAAAGUUGAAUUGAAUCGGCCGAAAAAAUUGAAUGCACUCAACAAUACUAUGUGGGAAGAAAUUGGUAAAUGUUUUCAAGAACUUGAUAGUUCUCCAGAAUGUCGUGUCAUCGUAUUGACAGGAGCUGGAAAAGCUUUUUGUUCAGGAAUUGAUUUACAAGACGCCAUGAGUAUGGGAUCAAUGCUAGCUGAGCAUGAUGAUGUUGCUAGGAAAAGUAGAGCAUUGGAGCAAAAAAUAAAACUGUAUCAGGAUUCAUUUCUGUCUAUUGAAAAAUGCCGUAAACCCGUAAUUGCUGCUAUUCAUGGAGCAUGUAUUGGUGGUGGAUUUAAUAUGAUUUGUGGUGCUGACAUUCGUUACUGUUCUUCGAAUGCAUGGUUCUCUUUAAAAGAAGUUGAUAUUGGAAUGGCUGCUGAUGUUGGAGCUCUCCAGUGGUUUUCAAAAAUCGUCGGCUCUGAAAGUUUGGUACGAGAAAUGGCGUUCACUGCUCGUAGAAUGCAAGCUGAUGAAGCUUUGCAGUGUGGACUAGUCAAUCGAUUAUUCAAAGAUGACGAAACAUUAUUCAAAGAAUCUCUUGCCGUUGCUGAAGAAAUUUCGAAGAAGAGUCCAGUAGCUGUCCAAACGACAAAAAAGACAAUAAUAUAUUCUAGAGAUCAUCCAAUUCAAGAAGGCUUAGAUUACGUCAGAGGACUUAAUCAAACAAUGUUGCAAAGUGAAGAUUUUAUAAAUGCUGCAGUUGCUCAAGCAACUAAAGGAGAACCCGCAGUAUUUUCAAAAUUAUAAAAAUAAAUUUAAAGGCUUAUCAGGAAAAUAUUUAAAAUUUUUAUUGACUGAAAAUUCGUGUAUUUUGUAAUUGAUUUUUUAAAGAUAUAUUUUUAUCUAAAUGU